AUGGACAAGAAAUCGUUGACAGCGCAGCAGAGUCCGAACCAGUACUCCGUGAGAGCUCCGCGCAAAGUCAUGGCCUACACACCAUUUCUGGCCCUGUCACUUCAAACCAUGCAGCAUGUCCUGAAGUACCGCAAAUUAAGGUUGUGGGCCACCAACAGGACGCAUAAACCUCGGAGCAGCCCAUCGCCAACCGCGAAAACUCUGGAGGCGAGUAACCUAUUCCCGCCGAGUCAGAUAAGACCGAGAGGCAGACGCGCCAUCGUGUCUUCCGCCCUCCUCACCGCCUUCACACCAUGGACGACGGAGUGCCUCAACCUCUCGGUGUCUUCACGAAGCGGUCUCUCAAUACGACUAUACAAUUUCAUGUCACCGGUGGGUUCGACAGGUGCAUUUGCCGUCUUGUAA